UAUCGAGUUACAUAUCGAAAUACAAAAGUUGUAAAUUAGACAGUCGAAAUGACGACGACAAAAACCUUUCAAGGGAUGGAUCCCGGUGCGAAAAGCAGUUCCAGGGUGCUGCGGCCGCCGGGCGGGGCCUCCAACAUAUCGUUCGGCACAGACGAAGCCCCCCCUGUACGCAAGAACAAACUGGGCUCCAACAUUUUCCUAGAGCCUGACGAUCCCCACGCCCAUCGGAGGAGCAACCCACCCGGCGGGACGGCCAAGGGUACACUGUGCGGAGAACCGUCCGCUCCCCUUAGACGGUGCCAGCAGCCGCUCCUCUUCCCCAAAAACAAUGAGACAGACGAGGUCAUCACCUCCAUCAACGUUCCUUUAGGGGUUGAGGAGUGCCAGCAGGCAAACAAUGACUGCCCUGAGGAACCUGAAGAAAAGGAGCAGAAGGAGGAGGCACCACAGCCCUCUGCCCCCUCGGGAGCUGCCGCCAACGCAGCCGCCCCCUCCGGCCGAAGAAACCCCCCAGGGGGCAUGUCCAGCCUCAUCCUGGGUUGAGGUCUGGUUUUGUUGGAAGGUUUUUAUUUUUG